AUGCAUCCAAAUGCUGGAGCUUUGCUCCGCAAGGACAUUCUUUUACUUGACCCUUCUUUGCAUAAUUUUGAGCAUGGGAACGCUUCAAUUGAUGAUCUACAUGAUGAUAAUAAUCAUACUGCUAAUCCUGGUUCCAAUGUUCCUUUUGAUGCUCCACAGAUUACUACAGGUCCAAAUUCGGAUGGUCCAGAAAAUUUGGCUAAAAACGGUGCUCAAACCAGCUCAAAUGGUUCUUCACAUGAAAUAACAGGCACAGAGACAAACAGCACAGGAUCUUCCUCGGGAUCGGUGCGAUCCUCCUCGGAUCCUGCGUCCUCGGAUCGGACGCCGACAGCCUCUGCGCGCCAAUCAUUGCCUGCGUCAGUGCGCCAGUCACCUGCCACGACUGCCAGCGUCAGCGGGAGCAGCACGUCAUCGCCUGGAUCUUCUGUGCCGGCGUCUUCUUCCUCGUCUGGCACACACUCGCCCACAGGAUCAAAUGCGGAACCUGCUGCGUCAGAUGCCGCACAUGCGGCCGGAUCCGAUGCUGGCCAGAGUGGAUCUUCUGCGCCGCUGUCUCCUGCUGCCCUGGAUGAUCCACUCUAG